AUGUCCAGAAAGACUACAGACUACGAUAGACCUUAUCCCCAAGUGGGACUAGGCAAACUCAUAGCGGUUGGACUCACAGCUGGUUUUUUGGGAGUUGCCGUGAUGACAGCGGGUGAGAAGAUUGAACAAGUUCUGACGAAAAGACCAGACUCGGAAGUACCUGGAUUGACGUUGGCGAGACUUAUCGGAAGACCGGACGGCGAGAAGGGGAAACUCAACUUGAUUAUGCAUUAUGGGCAGGGCGCAUUACUUGGUGUAGCAAGGGCAUUCAUGGCUACUCACGGGAUGAGGGGACCAUUCGUGGACUUCAUCCUAACAGGAUUGAGGUUAUCGGUAGAUCAGACAUUGGAAAAUUAUGUUGGUUCAGGGGCGUUACCAUGGACGUGGCCUGUCUCGGAGCAGGUCAUAGAUAUACUUCACAAGGGAGUGUUUGCAUUUGCAACGGGAUAUAUAUGCGAUGUAUGGCUACAGUGA